AUGGCGUGCAAUCUGAGAAUCAAACUCUAUCAGAUGGAUGUCAAGAGUGCCUUCCUAAACGGUGUAUUACAAGAAGAAGUCUACGUAACACAACCAAAAGGGUUUGAGGAUCCACAUUUUCCGGAUCACGUUUACAAACUCAAGAAAGCUCUCUAUGGGUUGAAACAAGCUCCACGAGCUUGGUAUGACCGUCUGACGGAGUUCCUGUUACAAGCUGGUUUUCAAAGAGGUGGUGUGGACAAGACACUGUUCGUCGGAGAAGAUGGAGAUGACAUGCUGAUCAUUCAAGUUUACGUGGAUGAUAUCAUCUUCGGAGGAACGUCUAAGCAAAUGGUUGAUGACUUCGUGAAGACUAUGACAAAGGAAUUUGAAAUGAGUAUGGUUGGUGAACUGAGCUAUUUCCUUGGACUUCAGGUCAAACAACUAACCGAUGGAAUCACAGUGUCACAGAGUACCUAUGCCAAAAAUCUCAUCAAGCGAUUUGGAAUGCAGACAAGUAAGACUGCAAAAACUCCUAUGAGCACAACAACCAAACUUUCCAGAGAUAGCGAUGGGAAACCAGUUGAUGAGAAACUCUACCGAGCCAUGAUUGGAAGCCUUCUUUACCUCACGGCGAGUCGUCCUGAUCUAUGCCUCAGUGUGGGGAUUUGUGCUCGCUAUCAAGCUAAACCAAAAGAGUCUCACAAGAAUGCAGUAAAGCGUAUUAUCAAAUACGUGAAAGGCACCCUUGAUUUUGGUCUUCAUUAUACAUUUGAGACUAAUGUGAAUCUUCCAGGUUUUUGUGAUGCUGAUUGGGCAGGCAUGUUGCCAAUCUCUUGGGAUAAAUGUUUCGGAGCAGCGUGUCACUCCACUUUGUCUCUGGAUUCCAUCUCUUUCCUAACAAUGGAGAUGGAGAGACAGACGCACAAGAUACCUAACAUGUGUUUCCAGACUGUACAAAAGAGUGUGAAAAACAGAGUUGGAGUUAACUGA